GGGGGGCGGGGGGGCGACCGUCCCAUUCAAGAGCGUGAUUCUGAGGUUUGCGGCAAUACUUGGAGCCUGCAGAGCCUUCGCUGGUUCACGAGGUCCUUGCGAGUUGACCCCCGCGACCACCAGGCAGGAGAGAAGACCCAUUUCACAGAUGAGGUAGCGCUAUCCCCAAGUCCUCAACGAGGAAACCAAGAAACCUCUAGUUCGGGUUCUCAGCGCAAAGGUGGAGCCGCGGAGCACUCGGGCACUCCCCGGCGUGGGCGCUCCGGGCAGGCGGGCCUUGGCCCGGGACGCUCGGCAGCUUGGAACGGUGGGCCGGCUACCGGGCCUGCCACGCAGCCGCAGAGGCUCGGCCCCGCCGGCGGGCGGCAGGAAGAGAGGCGACGCCCCCUGGAGCGCGGCAGGAACCCGGCCCGGCCCGCCUCCCAGUCCGCCUAGCCGCGCCGGUCCCUGAAGUGGUGAAAGCCGCGGCCGAGUCCAGGUCACACCGAAGCCGUUGCCCUUUUAAGGGGGAGCCUUGAAACGGCGCCCGGGUUCCAUGUUUGCAUCCGCCUCGCGGGGAGGAAACUCCAUGUUGUAACAAAGUUUCCUCCGCGCCCCCUCCCUCCCCCUCCCCCCUAGAACCUGGCUCCCCUCCCCUCCGAAGCUCGCGGGGAUCCCUCCCUCCCACCCCUCCCCUCCCCCCCGCGCCCCGAUUCCGGCCCCAGCCGGGGGGGAGGCCGGGCGCCCGGGCCAGAGUCCGGCCGGAGCGGAGCGCGCCCGGCCCCAUGGACAGCUCGGCCGUCAUUACUCAGAUCAGCAAGGAGGAGGCUCGGGGCCCAUUGCGGGGCAAAGGUGACCAGAGGUCAGCAGCUUCCCAGAAGCCCCGAAGCCGGGGCAUCCUCCACUCGCUGUUCUGCUGCGUCUGCCGGGACGAUGGGGAAGCCUUGCCUGCCCACAGUGGGUCGCCCCUGCUUGUGGAGGAGAAUGGUGCCAUCCCCAAGCAGACCCCAGUCCAGUACCUGCUCCCCGAGGCCAAGGCCCAGGACUCAGACAAGAUCUGCGUGGUCAUCGACCUGGAUGAGACCCUGGUGCACAGCUCCUUCAAGCCAGUGAACAACGCCGACUUCAUCAUCCCUGUGGAGAUUGAUGGGGUGGUCCACCAGGUCUACGUGCUGAAGCGGCCUCACGUGGAUGAGUUCCUGCAGCGAAUGGGCGAGCUCUUUGAAUGUGUGCUGUUCACUGCCAGCCUCGCCAAGUACGCAGACCCAGUAGCUGACCUGCUGGACAAGUGGGGGGCCUUCCGUGCCCGGCUGUUUCGAGAGUCCUGUGUCUUCCACCGGGGGAACUAUGUGAAGGACCUGAGCCGGCUGGGCAGAGACCUGCGGCGGGUACUCAUCCUGGACAACUCGCCCGCCUCCUACGUCUUCCAUCCGGACAAUGCCGUACCGGUGGCAUCGUGGUUUGACAACAUGAGUGACACAGAGCUCCACGACCUCCUCCCCUUCUUUGAGCAACUCAGCCGCGUGGACGACGUAUACUCAGUGCUCAGGCAGCCUCGGCCAGGGAGCUAGUGAGGGUGAUGGGGCCAGGACCUGCCCCUGACCGACAGCGACACCCACACCUCCUACCAGGAUGACUGCCCGGGCCUUUGUUAGGAAAACCCACGGGCCGCCGCCACACUCAGUGCCAUGGGGAAGUGGGUGUCUCCCCCACUAGCCCUGCCAGGUGGCAUAGGGACAGCAGGCUGCACUGAGGACCAUGAGCCUGGGGCCCCCUGUCAGUGCCUUUGAACCUCCUCCCCUCUUCUCAGGGGACCUGGGGGCCCUGCCUGCUGCUCCCUUUUUCUGUCUCUGUCCAUGCUGCCGUGUUUCUCUGCUGCCAAAUCGGGCCCCUUGGCCCCUUCCAGUUCUGCUUCCUGGGGGCAGGGUUCCUGCCUUGGGCCCCCAGUCUGGGAACGGUGGACAUCAAGUGCCUUGCAUAGAGCUCCCUCUUCCCCACCCAGCUUUCCCAGGGGCACAGCUCUAGGCUGGGAGGGGAGCACCAGUGCCUCCCCCUGCCCCACCUCCUCCCUUGGGAUUGAGAGGGCCCCCACCAAUCUCUGCCUUUGCUUGGGAGGGAGGAGAGGUCUGGUAGCACUGGGAAAGGAAGCAGGAGUCUGUCCUUUAGGCCCCUCAGGGCAGCUUCUCCAGGGCUGACAGCUGAGGGCUGCUCCCCGCAUCACCCAAGCUACCACCUCAGACUCAGCCUUCACCAGCCCUGGGGCUUGGUUCCCCCAGCCCCUGAGUGGGGGCAAAGGCAAGACCCUCUUGUGGUGCCAUAUAAAUAUGUAUAUGUGUAUAUAGAUUUUUAGGGGAAGGAGAGAGGGAAGGGUCAGGGUAGAGACACCCCUCCCUUGCCCCUUUCCUGGGCCCAGAAGUUGGGGGGAGGGAGGGAAAGGAUUUUUACAAUUUUUUAAACUGCUAUUUUCUGAAUGGAACAAGCUGGGCCCAGGAGCUCCAGGGCCUGUCCUCUGCCUCUCACACCCCUUUGCUCCGUUCAUUCAAAAAACAUUUCUUGAGCACCUUCUGUGCCCAGCAUAUGCUAGGCCCACCAGCUAAGUAUGUGUGGGGUCUCUACGCCAGCUCAUCAGUGCCUCCUCAUCCACCCGACUUCACCAGUGCCUUUGGAGGAUCUGUAGGAGGUGGGAUCUUUUGUGGGGUUUGGGGAUCUCCAGGAAGCCCUGCCAAGCUGUCCCCCUUCCCUGUGCCAACCCAUCCUCUACAGCCCCCUGCCUGAUCCCCUGCUGGCUGGGGGCCGCUGCGGGGAUAUCCUGCCUUCCAACUCCAACUGAAGCCCCUCCCAACGAGGCGAUUCCGGAGGUCAAGGCCUUGGGCUCUCCCCAAGCUCUAAAGGUUAAGGGGACCCACAUACCAGUGCCAAGGGGGAUGUCAAGUGGCGGUUUCGUGGUGCCUCCCUCCCGCAGAGUUGGGGGGCGAAUACGGUUGGUCUGCGUCAGGUGGCUUUGCCAUUUAAGUGCCUUCUCUGUGACAGCGCCCUAGAGUGAUGAGAACUAAAGAGAAAGCCAGACCCC